AACCUCCCUUUCCAGCAGAUACAACACCGCACGGAUACCGUUGACUGCCAGCCUGUAGACGACAGCGGCGUUGUUGUCCUGGUGACUGGCGCGCUCUUGGUCGAAGGCAACGACAAGCCCAUGUCCUUCACCCAAGUCUUCCAGCUGAGGAAGGACGGCGAGCAGUGGUUCGUUUUCAACGACGUCUUCCGUCUCGUCUAUCCCGCAGCCUAA